AUGUUAGUUGGAACUGUCCGUAGCGGCAGCAGAGCCUCCUAUUGUUUCUUGUCUCGUCGAUUUGUGAGUGCCCACUCUCUUCCUAUAUCUUCUCUGACUACGAGCUGGAAUAUCAACACUGGCAGUGGUGUCUUAGUAGCAUCCCGUGGUUAUGAAUCAUGCCCUGUGGUUAUCCGCGGGAGGGAACUCUUUGUAGACUUUCUAAUGAUUGAUUUGCUAAGCUUUGAUGCAGUAUUUAGGAAGGAUUGGUUGGGGUCAUUCUUUGCCACCAUUGAUUGUCGCCGUCGGAGCAUAGUAUUUGAGAUACCGGAUCACCCGAGAUUUGAGUUACUCAGUGGUAGUACAUCGGCCGGACCCAUAGAGUACAGAGCUAGACCGAAGAAGGCGACGUUAGCUGCAAUGCAAGUGGAAUCUGAGAAGCCAGUUGUAGUUCAAGAAUUUGAAGAUGUGUUUCCCGACGAUAUUUACGGAUUGCCACCGGAUUGA